UAUGACGAUGAAUAUGACUCAGAUACCGAAGAAGAACUUGAUAGAGACAACGAUGAUAAUGAAGAUAGUGAUGACGAUGAAGAUUUUGCUAAUGAUGAUACAAACCGUGCGGAUGAUGAUCGUAAUGGAUUGACAAAACACUCCCCUACAGAAAUCGAUCAUGAAGAAGUAAGUGGUGAAGUAAAACUCAUAGAAGAUACGAUCUCAGCUCCUUUACCAAAAGUUUUCAACCAAUUAUUCGGUAAAGAUUCUUCUUUCUUACAAUCAGUCAUCUCUAAGCAAAAAAACAAAAAUAUUUCGGCAAUUCCAGAGUUUUCAAAAUCUGAUGAUGUCUUGAAUAGAGAUUACCGUUACACCAAACCACUCAAUGCACCAAUAGGACCAAAGGAGACCGUGUGUAAUGUCACAGAAACUCUUGAUCACAAGGACUUUUCAGGGUAUGUCCUUUGUACGCAAACGACCAGAACUCCCGAUGUUCCGUCUGGUGGUUCAUUUAGCGUCGUUACUCAGAUUUAUCUCUCAUGGGGUCUGAACAACAGUACGAAAAUCACUGUAUAUACGUACAUGAACUGGACUGGUAAAAGUUGGAUUAGAGCUGCCAUCGAUAAGGGAUCUAUAGAUGGACAAAAGGAAUCCAUAGGUAUCCUGGUUGAUGAGCUCAAAGCAAAGAACUCGAGCGGUGGACAGGGCUCAGGCGACAAUGUUGAGGAACAGGUUUCUGAUCUUCCAUUAGUCGGGCCUAAGACCCAUGCGCCUUCGACCUUCUCUCCAAAUAUUGCCAGUAACGAAACGCUUCUCGCAGAGGAAACUUUCCAGGCUCCAUUGGGUACAGUAUAUUCAAUUAUAUUCGACCCAUCAUACAUGAAGGCGAUUAGUUUGGCCCAGAAGAAUUUUGAUUUGAGCGAUAUUGGCAAAUUCCCCGAUAAGGCACCACGAGAAAGAAGUUAUGAGUAUACCAAACCGUUAAAUGGACCAAUAGGUCCAAAACAGACACACUGUGAAAUCACUGAAACCAUUGAAACGUUUGAUUUGAACUCACAUAUCCAUCUUGUACAGAGUGUUGUUACUCCUGAUGUCCCCUCAGGUAGCUCCUUUUCUGUGAAGACCAAUUUUUACCUUUACUGGACUGAUAACAACAGCACUAGAAUGGUUGUCUCAACCUACGUGAACUGGACAGGAAAAAGUUGGAUAAAGGGAGUUAUUGAGAAAGGAUCAAUCGAUGGACAAAAGGACAGCAUUGCAGUAUUAAUCAACGAGGUCAAGAAUACCUUAAGUAGCGCCGGGCCAGGAUCAAAGAGAAAGAAACGGAAG